UAUAAAUAAUGCAAAAUUCCAUUGUUCUAUUUCAUGAAUUGUUCAAGCUGCAGUUAAAAACAUUCAGGUGCAUUUAAUUAGAUAUCGACUUACAAGAAAAAAUGAUGAAUUUGCAGCGUUGCUCAUGUUUCAAUACAUGCGUUCUUUAUGUUUUAAUGAUAGCGAUAACUGGAUAUGUAACUGGAAAAGAUCGACCUACUGUGACCAUUCCAUAGGGAUCUGUACAGGGGACAUUCGAAAAGUCUUAUGGAGGAAGAAAAUAUUCAGCAUUCGAAGGUAUUCCUUACGGAAAGCCACCUCUAGGAGAACUCAGAUUUGCUGAACCAGAACCCGCAGGAAAAUGGAAUGGCAUCCUCGUGGCUAACCAGUUAUACAGGUGUUUGAGCUUUUCACCGAUUCCUUUCAUGUAUGGUGUAAAAGGCUCCGAAGAUUGUCUUUAUGUAAACGUUUACGUUCCGUUGGAGAAAAUACACGGAAAUGAAAGUUUGGAUGUGAUAGUUCAUAUCCAUGGAGGAUAUUUCAUGAUAGCCGCCCCCGCAGACAUGUCCGGCCCUGCCUACAUUAUGGACAAAGACGUGGUUUUUGUGUCAUUCAACUAUCGGCUGGCAAUUCUAGGAUUUAUGAGUACUGAAGAUGAUAUCGUACCCGGAAAUAACGGAAUGAAAGAUCAGGUCUUAGCAUUAGAGUGGGUUAGAGAUAACAUCAGAUACUUCGGUGGAAAGCCUGAUUCAGUUACCAUUGCAGGUACAUCUUCGGGAGGAUCAUGUGCACAUCUUCAUUACUUAUCUCCAUUGUCAAAAGGUUUAUUUCACAAAGGCUUCUCGCUGAGCGGUACUGCCCUCGCGUCAUGGUCCCUCACAGAAUACCCUCUGAAGAAGGCUAAACUGGUCGCGAAACAUCUCCAGUGUCCAACAAACUCCACCACAACCAUGGUCGAUUGUCUUCGAAAAGUGGACGGAAAAGAGCUGUUAUUAGCGAUGAAGAAGCUGCUGGUUUUCAUAGAAUCGAUUCCCUUUUCCCCCUUCGGUCCGGUGAUAGAAAGGGGGCCGGAGGAACGACGAUUUUUACCCCAUCACCCUUAUAAGUUGUUGAAAGAAGGCAAAAUCAACGAUGUUCCUUGGGUGACCUCAAACGCUAGGGACGAAGGGAUUUAUCCAACUGUAUUUUUCGUGGUGACGAAGACGCUUGGAGAGCUAGAUUCAAGAUGGAAUGAAAUAAUGCCUUACGUGCUGGAUAUCCAGGAUACUGUCAAAGAGGAACUGAAAUUGAAUGUAGUUACGGAAGUGAGGAAGCAUUAUUUAGGCGAUGAACAUAUUUCAGAAAAUAACAAAUACUCUUUAAUACGGGAGUAAGCCAUUGUAACGACUGUAAAUUACUCUUCAAAAUAAUUGGAACUCCAUGUAUACUUGAAGCUGAAGACAGGAAAAUGAUGCAACUCUUCACUGAAUUCAUCACCAGUUAUGCGAAGACGAAUGAACCUAGUUUUGGAGACUUUAAAUGGCUACCACUGGAUCCAAGUAGCAAGUCAUUGAAUGUUCUCAGGAUAAACGGACCCGGUCAUAUUUUCAUGGAUAAAUUCGACCGAAUCGGAGACAACGAUUUUUGGAAUAGCCUGCCAAUUAUGGAGAAUGAAAAAAUUAAAAACUUUUUGUAGUAAUGUAUAUGAAUGACUGUUUAAGAUUUUUGUUGCUAUUCCAGUUUUGCCAAUAAAAAAUCUGUAAAGUGUUCUCUCAUCAA